AUGAAAACAAGGAAUUCUUAGAGAUAAUCAUAAAGAGAAGACUUGUCAGUGACUUGUUAAGAGGUAUUAACUAUAAUUUCUCAAAAAUUUCAUACCUUAUAUAUUAACCAUUUUUAAGCCUUAUUUUAGAAUUUAUCUAUGAGUGAAUUCGCCCUCAAUAGCAGUGCACAAACACCUAGGAAGAAAAGAGGACCAAUAUGCAAGAAACACAAAUAUACCACAAUAAAUUUGAAAAAACACAAAUCCUCGAAAUAAUUUAUCUGCUAUGAAGACAGAGAUUUAAAUAUUCCCGAGAAAUACUAAUCAAUCUUAUAAAAACAUGUAAGAAUUAUAUUUAAAAAAUUAAAGAAAUCAGAUGACGAUAGAGAGUCUGAUUCAGAACAAAUUAAACAUGCCAUCAACUACUUAAAAGAAUUGAAUUAUAUUAAUUUUAUAAUGCUCAAAAAAUACCUCUUACAAAGCAAUUCGAAAGACUACUUCUAAUAAAAAAGAGUACACACCAAAGAUUCUGAACACACUAGGCAUUUUGAAUAGCAUAAUUAUGUGAAGAGAAGUAUACAAACAGAAACAAAACCAGCAUUAAAACCAAUCGACAUGGAAGAAACCAGAAAAGAGGAGCUGUCUAAGUUUCGUUCCAUAUCUCUUUAUAAUAAGAAACAAGUGAGAGUACCAUCCUCAGCAGAGAAAUGUCGCUCUAAUGAGAAAAUUAGGGUCUUUAAUAUUUUCAACAGUACUCCCAGAAAUGUCAAGCCUAGUCGAUCUCAAUAAAUGUUGAAUGGAUUCAAAGAAAAAGUAGUCUAUUCAUCUCAUAGUCGUUAAUAAUCUGCUGCUAAACAUCUAAUCUCAAGUAGAAUUAAUGAUUCCUAAGAAUUAUUAUAAUAAGCGACUAAACCAAAUAUGAUACCAUUAAGAAGGUUUUUUAAAGAUAACCAAGUCUAGUAGCAAAAUAAUAUUAAACUGGAAUUAGAAAAACAUAAGACUAACAAUAUAUUGGAAUUAUUACUCCUAACUACUGGAGAAUUGAAGAAAAAGUUUUAAGAAGAACAGAAGUAACGAGAUAGCAAUAGUAGAUAAAACUCAGAAGAAAGAGUAAGGAUUAAAGUGAGAAAUAGCCAUAAAUUUCCUAAGGAUUUUUUUCUAUGA